CCACAACAAAGCCGGGAGAAGCGGGCGCAAGGGGGACACGGCAGCGGCUGCUGCUUCUUCCCGGGGUGCCGGCCGGGUGGUGGGGCCUGCGGUGCCUCCCCGCCACGUAAGGUGCCUGCAGGGCGGUUGGGGGCGGUUGGGACGGCGAGCAUGUUCCUCCCCCGUUUGCGGUAAUUUUUCCCCGGAACAAGGUGGCACUUCAUAUUUCAUUAUGGACCACUUUGAAGAUAUAUCAGAUGGUGAAGUGGAUCAUGCCUUCUUUGACAGUGACUUUGAGGAAGAGAAAAAGAAAGCUGAAGAAAAUGGAGAAUAUAUAGAGAAAGGAAGUGCAGAGGAAGCUCUUGCAGACACUGAUUUGGUUUCUAAUUCAAAGGAUGAAAGGUGUUGUGAGGAGGAAAGUGAAGAAAAGCAGAUAGAUUUGCAAAAGUCCCUAGAAAUUAGCAAAGAUCCUACUGAAGAUGCUUCAUCUUUGACAGUUCCUCCGGUUGCAGAGAAUGCAGGUACAUCUGGAGCAACACCUGCAGCAAAUAGAGGAAUAGAGGAGAUUGUUCCUGCUGGAAUUCCUAAAAUAGUUAAAGAAGGUGAAGAAGAUUACUAUACAGAUGAAGAAGAUAGUAGUGAUGAUGGCAAAAAACAGAAGGUUAGACCAAAGUCAGCUAAGCAACCAAACAACAUUAAAAAGGCUAGCAAAAAAUAUACUGUCAGCUCCUCCUCUUCUUCCUCCUCCUCGUCCUCUUCAUCAUCAUCCUCAAGCUCAGAUACAGAUUGUUCUGACACAGAUUCUGAUAGCUGUUUAUCAGAUUCAUCUCAUCCUUCCCCAAAAAGGAAUGCUUGUAGAAAUGCUCUUCUGUCUCCAAAACAAAAAUUCAAGUCAGCAGUGAAAUUAGAAGGAAAACCAAAGCUUGGUGAUGAGCUGGAGGAGUCUGAAGAUACAGUGACUGAUGUAACACCUCUAUCAACUCCAGACAUCAGUCCUAUCCAGUCUUUUGAAUUUGUAGCAUCAAAUGAUAAGAAACUAAAAGUAAAGAGACAGGAAAAUGUGAACCAAGAAUUAUACGAUUCAGAGUUUGAUCGCAGAUAUAGUCGAAAAGUCUUGCAUGAUGCCAUGGACCUGAAUCAGCUUCUGAAAGCUUUCUUACAGUUGGAUCAAAAGGAACAUAAACUAAACAUUGAUCAGCCAUCUAAAGGAAUAAGGAAAAAUUACUCUUUCACAAAUGAAGAAGUAAGGCAGAUUGAUCGGGAAAACCAGAGGUUGCUAAAAGAACUAUCCAGACAGUCUGCCAGGCCAAGGAGAAGCAGCACGUUGAAGACGUCUAUAACACCAGCUAGAUUGUACCACACUGCCCUCAACAGGCAAAAAGAGCAGCAAAGAAUUGAAAGAGAAAACCUGGCUUUCCUGAAAAGACUGGAAGCAGUGAAACCAACAGCUGGUAUGAGGCGUUCUGAACAACUGAGGGACUAUCACCGCCACAUGAGCUACCUGAGUUCUUCACCUUCUGUAAGAAGGGGUAAAUCUCCUUUCAGCCAGCUUAGUCCUCCAAGAGCAACUUCAAGAUCAUCCACUGUACAAAGUAUACUGAAUCAGAGGAAUGAAAAGCCUAUGUCUGAUUCAGCCAGUGGGGCAUUAGAGAGACCUAAAUCUACUAACGUUCAUGCUGCUUGGUUAUAAGUGCGUUCUUUGCCUCACAUAUUGAGAUGAUAACUCAAAUUUCUAUUUUUAGUGCUUUUGUAAAUUCUGUGUGCAAAAAUAUUUUCUGCAUUGUUCAGUGAUUGAAAUGCAUUGCAUUUAGAGUAAUUGCUUAUAAAAUGGUCUUAAACUGGUAUAAAACACUUCUAUCAGGGUUCUCCAUGACAGGAUGAACUUUUGAAAGAGAAGGAGGUACUUAAAUGAACAAGUUAAAUAGAAAUUUAACUAUUAUUUUGGUCUCAGAUCAUAAGUGGAAUUUGUAUCCAUAACACAGAAGGACAGAAUUACCACACUACAGGUGCAAAAUGUAAAUAAAAUUUUAAAAACAUUAAUAAUACUUUAAAAUAAUGCAUUAAACUUAAAAGCAUAUCUUUAAUUCCUGGAUUGUCUUUGCUUUACAUCCUGGCUUUAUGUAACAGCCUUCUGAAUUUUGUGGUCAUAUUCUUGUGACUGAAAGAAUCUUUACCAGCAGUGUGAAGAGGUUAAAAGCAGAUUGUGUAUUUCUCCAUGGUGAGCUAGAAUACUGAGGUGCAGAAAAUGACGUUUUGCCACUGCUAAAUGUUCAGCACCUGGAGUGUGUUUCCUAUUCAAGGCUGCAUCUCUUCCAGAUCAAAAGGAUUUUGGAAGACAUACUGGGAUCUUUGUGUAGGAAAGAAGCAUCUGAUAUUAUCUGAACAAUAAAGAACGAGGUAAACAGCAGUUUCAGAUACAGUGUAAACAAGAGUAAGUUCUGGUUACUUCUAAAACUAGAGAAUGUUAAGUAAGGGACACAGUUCAUGGCCCUGCUUUGCAGAUGUGUGCUGUUCUCAGUGGGAAGAUGUAAACUUGAGCAGCAGGAAACAUCUUGAACCUUGAUUUUGAGUGACUACUAACCAGGAUUUAGGGGAAAAAAGAGUAGAAAACAAAUUCUUGUUACUUUUCUUGACCUGUUUUUAAAUGUCAUGUUUAUAUCUAGUAUUUGUAGUAAUGUCAGAUAAGCUGCAAUAGUAACAUCCAUUUGCAAGAGGAGUAAAAUUUAAUGGUAUUGGUAAUCACAAUAGUAUUUGGUGUGGUUUAUUUCUGUAAUUAAAGGCAAACUUGCAGUGAGCUUGUUUUGUAGGACUGUAGCCUUAUAAACAGCACAAAUUGUGAUGCCACUAUCUGUGGAUAUUGCUGAAACUUUGCUUGCUUCCCCAGCUUCUUCCCAGGAAGAAAUCACUGUAUUAUGGAUAAAGAAAAAAAGCUGUAUUUGGUAAUGCUGGGUCUUUGACAUGAAAAGUGUAUUAUUCUUUGCUAGUGCUUGCAUGAGGGCUUAGGCUUUCAGGUAUUCUGCAUUGUAACACACUUUUUACUCAGUCCUUGUGAUAGUCCUUGUGAUUUACUCAGUCCUUGGCAGAGCCUCUUCACUUAGUGACCCGCAGAUCAAAUUUAGCUGUUUGACAAUACUUGGAACUUUUAACUUUAAGCAGCAUUGUGGCAAACAGAUUUGUAUUGCAAUUAUUAUUCAUGGUUAGAAGCUGUUAACAAUUUCUUUGUAUAGUGCUGCUGUAUUUAUUUUAUUAUUGUGCAAAUUAAAAUUAUUCUCUAUUUAAAGAUUUUUGUCUUUGAAUGUGAAUAUCAGAGUAAGUUUAAAUACUUCUGAAUGUUCAUAUUGUAAUUUUUUUCUGUGAAGAAACUCACACAAUGGAUUACUUUUAAUUGCUUCAUCUUAUUUAACUUUGGUAUGAAAAAGUGUCAGUUUUGUAUGUCAUUUGUAAAUCAUAAGAAAUAAAAUAUUUAACAUGAAUUGUCA